GGAGGAGAGGAGUUUCUGAGACCUCACCUACAACAUGCACCUACCAUUGACUCUUGAACACCAGAAAAUGCUAUUAUGCAAAAUGUGCUGUUCAGAUCCAUAUCUAUCAUUACUUAUGCUUUCUUUAAAAUGUAUUUUCAUCCUGUAUACAAGGAAGAAAAAAAUGAUUUGGAAGUUACUUAAGAAAACAAUUCUUCUCUUCAUGACUGUGGUUGGCAUUCUGGGAAACUUGUCUGUUUUUGUGAAUUAUAUGUUCAGUUGGUGGGGAUGCCUUGAGAAGAAACCCAUACACCUUAUUCUCAUCCACUUGACUUUGACAAACAUUGUAAUCUUUCUUGCAAAAGGAUUGCAACAGACUACUGUAGUUUUUGGUUUGAGAGACUUCCUAGAUAACUUAGGCUGUAAGAUCAUUGUUUACCUGGAGAGGGUGGCUCAUGGUCUCUCCCUCUGCACCAGCAGUCUCCUCACUGUGGUCCAGGCCAUCAUCAUCACUCCCAGAGCAUCUGGAUGGGGGAGGCUCAGGCCAAUGACUUCUUGGCACAUCCUUCCAUUUUUCCUAUUCUUUUGGAUACUCAAUGCUUUAAUAAAUAUGAACCUAAUCAAUUCCAUCACAAGUACAAGACUGAAUAUAUCACAGGUUAAGAGUGAUGACAACUAUUGCUAUUUUAUUUUACCAAUUCAGAAAAUAAAAUGGAUUGUUCUCCCUCUCAUGGUUCUGAGAGAUGCAGUGUUCCAAGGUGCCAUGGGAGGGGCCAGCGGCUACAUAGUAUUUCUUCUCCACAAGCAUCACCAGCAUGUCCUCUACCUUCAGAACUCCAAGCUUCUCUACAGAACUCCCCCUGAGCUGAGAGCUGCUCAAAGUGUCCUCCUUCUGAUGCUCUGUUUUGCUUUCUUCUACUGGACAGAUUGUGACUUUUCUCUAAUUUUAAGUCUCUCCUCAAGCGACAAUACCUUGAUGGUAAAUCCUAGAGAACUUCUGACCCUUGGUUAUGCAACUUUUAGCCCCCUGGUGCUGAUACACAGGGAUGGGUCUCUGCUUGAAUAUUGGCAGUCUCAGUCAAAGAAACUGAGAAAAUGUCUCUCAAUUAUAUGUUCAAUGAGGAAGAAAAAACUCUCAGUUCUGCAAUAUUGUGGGUAAGAAAAAUUUCACACAGCAGUUUAAGCAUUUGUUUUUUUCAACCAAUAAUCUUGGUUACUCAAGCCAUGCAUU